AGCAGCAGAGCAAAAUUCAAAGUAGGAAUGGCGUUGUUGGGCGAGGACGGGCGAGGCUACGAGCUGGCGCGCAAGCUGGAGAGCCAGGGUAUUUGGCGGUCGUGGCUCGGCGACGCACUCUACUCCUCCUUCAUUCCGUUCCUCUCGUCGCCGGCAGCCUGGGACUCCUUUAUGCUUCCCGACGACUCCAAGUCUAGGCCGCAGAUCUCGCUCGAGCUCCGAGCCCGCGCUCUUCUCUUCGAUAAGGCAUCCGUAUCUCUGUUCGCGCAGCCUACCGCUCUCUCCAAGCUCAAUCCUAAUUAUCUGGAGCUGCACGGUGAUGAUGUGUAUUUUACGUUGGAAAAUGGUGGGCAAGAUGUGGACCAACGACACCAGUGCUGCUUCAAGUACUACAUCAUCAAAGUGUACAGUUACCAGACAACUGCCAUAAGCAUUAACCUUCUGCCCUGUUUUAUUUCCAGUAACUUUAGGACCCUUGUGGAACUUAUGAAGGAUAACUCGAAGAGUGUUGCUCCACAAACUCAGCAGCAAGGGCUGGGGAUCCAGGGACAGAAUCUACCGCAGCAGCAGCAGCCUUCCGUUCAGCAGUCUCAGCAGAUGCUAAGGCAAAUGAAUCCCCAAAUGCAGCAGAUGAAUAAUCCUCAAUUUUCGGGCUUCCAGCAGCAACAGCAACAGUGGGAAAGGAUGAGAGCGGCAACAACACCAGCAACAGCUACACCAACAGCAACAGCUGAAACAACAGCAACAACAGUCAACACCUCGUCCUGGCAUGAAUAUGAACAUGAGUAUCGACAAGAUAGGCCUCUAGUGCAAGCCUAUGAAUUCUCUCCAAAUCCCACAAUUCAUUCACCGACCAUGUCAAUGGCAAGGGCUCCACCUGUAAAAGUUGAAGGUUUCCAGGAGCUGAUGGGCGGGGAUUCUUCCCCCGAAGCAUGAUUCAGAGGAAAAUAAGCUACUUUCUCCUCGUAAGUAGUGAUGUAAAUGCUCAUCUUUGAGUAUGUGAAUUAGAUAAAUACUCAUUGGUCAUAUCUCUGAACCCAGUUGUAGAACAUCCCUUGUUUGUGUCUACUAAUUCAACGUAGGAAUUAUAUAGAGAAUCCAAUCUCGCACAGCAUUGCACUUGGCCAUUCUCAGUUUAUCAGUGUUUAUAUUUUAA